CACAUCAGGGGUUAAAGACAGAACAGAAGUACUGCGAGAAAGGAAAAGGAGUGUCAUGCCAAAACGGUAAAAGCGUCGAGCUGGGCGAUUUCCCUUCCAGUCUUUUCUUGCGCGUUGACUUUAUUGAUCCGCAGUGAUCAGGCACAUUUCCGUGCACAUUAGUCCAUGCGCGAAUACAACGUGGACUGAGUUGUAACUUUGCAUCUACAGUAGAGGUUUUAUUUGAGUUGCAAAUCGCAACGCACAGUCGCUGGAUAAUCAUAUCAGAUUUUUUACAUCAGAAAAUCAACGUGCUACAAUGUCACACAUUGAUCCAGGGCCGACAAAUGACUCGGACUCGGAAAAGAAGACUGAAUCAGACCGGGACAGUGCACCAGGGGACAUUGAGGCCCCCCAAACGAAAUUAUUUGAUGCCAAGGCAAUCUUGUGGACUUUUGGGAAAUGUCUCACCGCCUUGCUACCCAUCUACCUGGCUGGUUACUAUCGCAUGAGCACUAGUUUGGUGGUGUUCGGGAUGAUGGUUUACUCAGGAUGGAAGCACACUCGUGAGGCGAAGGAAGCGAGACUGAGGUCUGCAAUACUCAACGAUGAACAAGAAUGCGUAUCCUCUAAAUCAUUUCGAAGUAGACGAGACCUGCCGUCUUGGGUACAUUUUCCAGAUGUGGAGAAGGUUGAAUGGCUGAACAAGGUUAUCCAGCAGGCCUGGCCAUUUAUUGGUCAAUAUUUGGAGAAGUUGCUCACAGAAACCAUUGCUCCAUCAAUCCGUGGCUCCAGCCCUCAUCUACAGACGCUCAGCUUCACGAAGAUAGACUUUGGUGACAAGGCUAUGAAGGUAGUAGGAGUGAAGACUCAUUCAGAAAACCAAAAAGGUCAAAUUCUGCUUGACGUUUACAUCAGUUACGUGGGGAAUGCUGAGAUAAAUGUGGAAGUGAAACGGUAUUUCUGCAAAGCUGGUGUGAAGGGAAUACAGCUCCAUGGAAUGAUGCGUGUGAUUUUGGAGCCUUUGAUUGGAAAUGUCCCGAUCGUGGGCGCUGUGACCAUGUUCUUUAUUCAAAGGCCAACACUGAACAUUAAUUGGACGGGUUUGACCAACUUGCUGGACAUUCCAGGACUCAAUAUGAUGUCAGAUACUAUGAUCAUGGAUGCGAUUGCCUCAUUCCUGGUGUUGCCCAAUCGUCUCACUGUUCCUCUUGUGCCAGACCUGCAAGUGGCACAACUGCGCUGCCCUCUGCCCAGGGGAGUUGUUCGUAUUCACCUGCUAGAGGCCGAUGGUCUGGCUGCGAAAGAUAACUAUGUGAAGGGUGUGAUAGUGGGUAUGUCUGACCCGUAUGCUCUGCUCAGAGUGGGGCCACAGACCUUCAAAUCACGCCAUCAGGACAACACCCUAAAUCCCAAAUGGGAUGAAAUGUAUGAGGUCAUCGUUCAUGAGGUGCCUGGUCAGGAGCUUGAGGUGGAAGUGUUAGACAAAGAUCCAGAUCAGGAUGAUUUACUGGGCAGGACAAAGUUAGACUUGGGAGUUGUGAAGAAAUCUAAAAUUGUUGAUGAGUGGUUCACUUUGAAGGACACUCGUACAGGACGUGUUCACCUCAGACUUGAGUGGCUGACACUAGAAGACAACACAGAGAGACUGGAAGAGGUUCUGAGGAGAAAUGAAACUGUGGUGAGUAAAACAGCUAAACCACCAUCAGCAGCCAUCUUGGCAGUGUAUCUGGACAAGGCUGAGGCACUUCCUAUGAAGAAAGGCAAUAAGGAACCCAAUCCGAUCGUGCAACUCUCAGUACAAGACGUUACUCGUGAGAGCCGGAUUUGCUGGAAUACGGUGAACCCUCAAUGGGAGGACGCUUUCACUUUCUUCAUCAGAGAUCCAAACAAACAGGACAUUAACGUCCAGGUGAAGGAUAAUGAUCGUGUUCAGGUUUUGGGAAAUCUGUCCAUCCCUGUUUCUCGUCUUCUGUCUUGUCCUGAUCUGACUCUAGAUCAGUGCUUUAAUCUGGACAACUCUGGCCCAGAGAGCCGCAUCCACAUCAACACAGUGCUCAGGGUGCUCUGGUUGGAUGAAGACGCUGUUGCUUCCCAUCUUCUUUCCAGUGACCCUCUUUCAAAAAGUUCUGCCUCACGCCCGCAGAAGACCUCGCCCCAUCCUAGCUUUGCCACUGAGGGGGUGCUGCGUGUCCACCUUGUGGAGGCUCAGGAUCUGGUUGCUAAGGACAACUUGGUGGGUGGAAUGGUGAAGGGAAAGAGUGAUCCCUAUGUCAAGAUCCAGAUUGGAGGUGAAACCUUUAAGAGUAAUGUGAUCAAGGAAAAUCUAAACCCCACCUGGAACGAGAUGUACGAGGUGGUUUUGACACCGCUUCCUGGUCAGGAGUUGACCCUAGAGGUCUUUGAUAAGGACAUGGACAUGAAAGAUGACUUUAUGGGCAGACUGAAGAUCAAUCUAAGUGACAUAAUCAGCUCUCAGUACAUUAACAAGUGGUUUUCUCUGAAUGAUGUCAAACGUGGUCGUGUUCAUUUGGCUCUGGAAUGGCUGCCUACAGUAACACAACCAGAAAAACUGCAGCAGGUGUUGUCGUACCAGUCAAAGAGCUCUUUUCUGAACAGGACUUUGCCAGCUGCCGCUCUGUUGUUUGUGUACGUUGAGCGUGCCCAUGAACUCCCUCUAAAGAAAAGUGGCAAGGAACCGAAAGUUGGAGCUGAGCUGAUUUUAAGAGGAACAUCUCACAGAACCACAGUCUGUGAUUGUACCAGCUCUCCACAGUGGGACGAGGCAUUUCAUUUCCUGGUUCAAAACCCAUUAAAGGAAGACCUCGUUGUGAAGUUGUCCCACAGUUGGGAUUUCUCUAUAGGAUCUGUGGUGAUUCCAGUCAAAGAGCUGCUCUCUGAGCCAGAUCUACUACUGGAUCAGUGGCUCAAUCUGGAAGGAGCUUCACCUCAGAGUCAGAUUCUGCUCAGAGCUCAACUGAAGAUUCUUUGCCCUAAAGUGACAGAGAGUUCUGUAGAGCAGGAUGAACAGUCUAAACAUCCAGAAUCAUCCAUCAUCACAAGACAACAAGAGGUGGAGAAAGAGCAGAAGUCUAGUGCCGAGGUGGUCCCAGAAUCUCCUGUCACUGUUACCUCCUCUGUCUCAGUCACAGAAGAGGAGAGUAGUGGAAAAGUCCCACAGGUCAUAGAAGUAUCCAGCUCAGAUGAUCUUCGACCCCUAUGCACCAGCCCUGACCCCAGCUUUGGUACUGAGGGAUUGCUCCGUCUCCACCUGCUUGAGGCUCAAAAUUUGGUUGCCAAGGACAACACGAUGGGUGGAAUGGUGAAGGGAAAAAGUGACCCCUAUGUUAACAUCCAAAUCGGAGACAAAACCUUUAAAAGCCAUGUGAUCAAGGAAAACCUCAACCCCACCUGGAACGAGAUGUAUGAGCUGGUUUUGGCCUCAAACUCGACCCCAGAUGUUCUUGUGGAGGUCUUUGAUAAAGACAUGGACAAAGAUGACUUUUUAGGAAGGAUCAAGAUCAGCUUACAGGAAAUCAUUCAAUCUCAGUUUAUGGACCAGUGGUUUUCUCUGAGUGAUGUCAAACAUGGUCGUCUUCAUUUAGUUCUUGAGUGGCUUCCCACAGUAACACAACCUGACAAACUGCAAAAGGCUCUGCGGUUACAGUCCUUACACUCGUACCAGAACAAAUCUGUGCCGUCAGCAGCUCUACUCUACAUCCUCAUAGAAAGAGCACAUGACCUGCCGCUUAAGAAGAGUGGAAAGGAGCCUAAAGCUGCUGCAGAGCUGGUUCUUGGUGACAUUUCUCAUAAAACCAAGGUGUGCGAGCGUUCUGCAUCUCCUCAGUGGAGUGAAGCUUUUCACUUCCUUGUUCACAACCCGAGAGAGGAGAUUCUUAUUAUCAAGCUUUCCAGUGCAUGGGAACAGCCCUUGGGCUCUUUGAUUCUACCAAUCAGAGAGCUGCUUUCAAAACCAGAGCUACUGAUGGACCAAUGGUUGGGUUUAGAUGGAGCAGGUCCUGACAGUCAAAUUCUGCUGAGGGCACAACUUAAGAUUUUGGACUCAAGGAUAGAUGCAAGUGUCUUUGAAAGUAAGAAGUCUGUUAUAGAUGAAGAUCAUUCUGUGGUAGGACACCAUGAGGUGAAAAAGCCAGCUGUUAUUGAGCAUUCACAGGCUGCUGUCAGUAAGGAAUCUGAGAAGAAAACCCUACCAACAAAAGGGGUGACUUUACCUGUCUCUGUAUCACUGCCUGAAGAACAUAAAAAACAAACAGCCGCUCAUGUCACUGAUGAUCAUCAUCUUACACCAUCCACUCCUAAAACACAGCUUGAAACCAAGGAUGUCAGCAAAGUCCCUGAUUCCACUUCCCCUGUAGGUGGAUCUGGUCAUGCAAUGGCACCAAAUAAAACAUCCGAAUCAAAGUCAGCAGCCAAUGAACAAGACACCGAUAAACCAGUAGAACAGUCUUCUAAAAAGGCUUCUCUUAGUGUUUCUGUGGAGGAGUCAAAGGUCACUAGUUCUAAAGACGUUCGGCCUCAGAAGACUAGCCAUGACCCCAGCUUUGGCACUAAGGGUGUGCUGCGUAUCCUUCUUUUGGAGGCUCAGGAUCUGGUUGCCAAGGACAACAUGAUGGGUGGAAUGGUGAAAGGAAAAAGUGACCCCUAUGUUAACAUCCAAAUCGGAGACAAAACCUUUAAAAGCCAUGUGAUCAAGGAAAACCUCAACCCCACCUGGAAUGAGAUGUAUGAGCUGGUUUUGACCUCAAACUCGACCCCAGAUGUUCUUGUGGAGGUCUUUGAUAAAGACAUGGACAAAGAUGACUUUUUAGGAAGGAUCAAGAUCAGCUUACAGGAAAUCAUUCAAUCUCAGUUUAUGGACCAGUGGUUUUCUCUGAGUGAUGUCAAACAUGGUCGUCUUCAUUUAGUUCUUGAGUGGCUUCCCACAGUAACACAACCUGACAAACUGCAAAAGGCUCUGCAGUUACAGUCCAUACACUCGUACCAGAACAAAUCUGUGCCGUCAGCAGCUCUACUCUACAUCCUCAUAGAAAGAGCACAUGACCUGCCGCUUAAGAAGAGUGGAAAGGAGCCUAAAGCUGCUGCAGAGCUGGUUCUUGGUGAAAUUUCUCAUAAAACCAAGGUGUGCGAGCGUUCUGCAUCUCCUCAGUGGAGUGAAGCUUUUCACUUCCUUGUUCACAACCCGAGAGAGGAGAUUCUUAUUAUCAAGCUUUCCAGUGCAUGGGAACAGCCCUUGGGCUCUUUGAUUCUACCAAUCAGAGAGCUGCUUUCAAAACCAGAGCUACUGAUGGACCAAUGGUUGGGUUUAGAUGGAGCAGGUCCUGACAGUCAAAUUCUGCUGAGGGCACAACUCAAGAUUUUGGACUCAAGGAUAGAUGCAAGUGUCUUUGAAAGUAAGAAGUCUGUUAUAGAUGAAGAUCAUUCUGUGGUAGGACACCAUGAGGUGAAAAAGCCAGCUGUUAUUGAACAUUCACAGGCUGCUGUCAGUAAGGAAUCUGAGAAGAAAACCCUACCAACAAAAGGGGAGGCUUUACCUGUCUCUGUAUCACUGCCUGAAGAACAUAAAAAACAAACAGCCGCUCAUGUCACUGAUCAUCAUCAUCUUACACCAUCCACUCCUAAAACACAGCUUGAAACCAAGGAUGUCAGCAAAGUCCCUGAUUCCACUUCCCCUGUGGGUGGAUCUAGUCAUGCAAUGGCACCAAAUAAAACAUCUGAAUCAAAGUCAACAGCCAAUGAACAAGACACCGAUAAACCAGUAGAACAGUCUUCUAAAAAGGCUUCUCUUAGUGUUUCUGUGGAGGAGUCAAAGGUCACUAGUUCUAAAGACGUUCGGCCUCAAAAGACUAGCCAUGACCCCAGCUUUGGCACUAAGGGUGUGCUGCGUAUCCUUCUUUUGGAGGCUCAGGAUCUGGUUGCCAAGGACAACAUGAUGGGUGGAAUGGUGAAAGGAAAAAGUGACCCCUAUGUUAACAUCCAAAUCGGAGACAAAACCUUUAAAAGCCAUGUGAUCAAGGAAAACCUCAACCCCACCUGGAAUGAGAUGUAUGAGCUGGUUUUGACCUCAAACUCGACCCCAGAUGUUCUUGUGGAGGUCUUUGAUAAAGACAUGGACAAAGAUGACUUUUUAGGAAGGAUCAAGAUCAGCUUACAGGAAAUCAUUCAAUCUCAGUUUAUGGACCAGUGGUUUUCUCUGAGUGAUGUCAAACAUGGUCUUCUUCAUUUAGUUCUUGAGUGGCUUCCCACAGUAACACAACCUGACAAACUGCAAAAGGCUCUGCAGUUACAGUCCAUACACUCGUACCAGAACAAAUCUGUGCCGUCAGCAGCUCUACUCUACAUCCUCAUAGAAAGAGCACAUGACCUGCCGCUUAAGAAGAGUGGAAAGGAGCCUAAAGCUGCUGCAGAGCUGGUUCUUGGUGACAUUUCUCAUAAAACCAAGGUGUGCGAGCGUUCUGCAUCUCCUCAGUGGAGUGAAGCUUUUCACUUCCUUGUUCACAACCCGAGAGAGGAGAUUCUUAUUAUCAAGCUUUCCAGUGCAUGGGAACAGCCCUUGGGCUCUUUGAUUCUACCAAUCAGAGAGCUGCUUUCAAAACCAGAGCUACUGAUGGACCAAUGGUUGGGUUUAGAUGGAGCAGGUCCUGACAGUCAAAUUCUGCUGAGGGCACAACUUAAGAUUUUGGACUCAAGGAUAGAUGCAAGUGUCUUUGAAAGUAAGAAGUCUGUUAUAGAUGAAGAUCAUUCUGUGGUAGGACACCAUGAGGUGAAAAAGCCAGCUGUUAUUGAACAUUCACAGGCUGCUGUCAGUAAGGAAUCUGAGAAGAAAACCCUACCAACAAAAGGGGAGACUUUACCUGUCUCUGUAUCACUGCCUGAAGAACAUAAAAAACAAUCAGCCGCUCAUGUCACUGAUCAUCAUCAUCUUACACCAUCCACUCCUAAAACACAGCUUGAAACCAAGGAUGUCAGCAAAGUCCCUGAUUCCACUUCCCCUGUAGGUGGAUCUGGUCAUGCAAUGGCACCAAAUAAAACAUCUGAAUCAAAGUCAACAGCCAAUGAACAAGACACCGAUAAACCAGUAGAACAGUCUUCUAAAAAGGCUUCUCUUAGUGUUUCUGUGGAGGAGUCAAAGGUCACUAGUUCUACAGACGUUCGGCCUCAAAAGACUAGCCAUGACCCCAGCUUUGGCACUAAGGGUGUGCUGCGUAUCCUUCUUUUGGAGGCUCAGGAUCUGGUUGCCAAGGACAACAUGAUGGGUGGAAUGGUGAAAGGAAAAAGUGACCCCUAUGUUAACAUCCAAAUCGGAGACAAAACCUUUAAAAGCCAUGUGAUCAAGGAAAACCUCAACCCCACCUGGAACGAGAUGUAUGAGCUGGUUUUGGCCUCAAACUCGACCCCAGAUGUUCUUGUGGAGGUCUUUGAUAAAGACAUGGACAAAGAUGACUUUUUAGGAAGGAUCAAGAUCAGCUUACAGGAAAUCAUUCAAUCUCAGUUUAUGGACCAGUGGUUUUCUCUGAGUGAUGUCAAACAUGGUCUUCUUCAUUUAGUUCUUGAGUGGCUUCCCACAGUAACACAACCUGACAAACUGCAAAAGGCUCUGCAGUUACAGUCCAUACACUCGUACCAGAACAAAUCUGUGCCGUCAGCAGCUCUACUCUACAUCCUCAUAGAAAGAGCACAUGACCUGCCGCUUAAGAAGAGUGGAAAGGAGCCUAAAGCUGCUGCAGAGCUGGUUCUUGGUGAAAUUUCUCAUAAAACCAAGGUGUGCGAGCGUUCUGCAUCUCCUCAGUGGAGUGAAGCUUUUCACUUCCUUGUUCACAACCCGAGAGAGGAGAUUCUUAUUAUCAAGCUUUCCAGUGCAUGGGAACAGCCCUUGGGCUCUUUGAUUCUACCAAUCAGAGAGCUGCUUUCAAAACCAGAGCUACUGAUGGACCAAUGGUUGGGUUUAGAUGGAGCAGGUCCUGACAGUCAAAUUCUGCUGAGGGCACAACUUAAGAUUUUGGACUCAAGGAUAGAUGCAAGUGUCUUUGAAAGUAAGAAGUCUGUUAUAGAUGAAGAUCAUUCUGUGGUAGGACACCAUGAGGUGAAAAAGCCAGCUGUUAUUGAACAUUCACAGGCUGCUGUCAGUAAGGAAUCUGAGAAGAAAACCCUACCAACAAAAGGGGUGAGUGAACUGGCAGCCUUCACUUUACCUGUCUCUGUAUCACUGCCUGAAGAACAUAAAAAACAAACAGCCGCUCAUGUCACUGAUCAUCAUCAUCUUACACCAUCCACUCCUAAAACACAGCUUGAAACCAAGGAUGUCAGCAAAGUCCCUGAUUCCACUUCCCCUGUAGGUGGAUCUAGUCAUGCAAUGGCACCAAAUAAAACAUCUGAAUCAAAGUCAACAGCCAAUGAACAAGACACCGAUAAACCAGUAGAACAGUCUUCUAAAAAGGCUUCUCUUAGUGUUUCUGUGGAGGAGUCAAAGGUCACUAGUUCUAAAGACGUUCGGCCUCAAAAGACUAGCCAUGACCCCAGCUUUGGCACUAAGGGUGUGCUGCGUAUCCUUCUUUUGGAGGCUCAGGAUCUGGUUGCCAAGGACAACAUGAUGGGUGGAAUGGUGAAGGGCAAGAGUGAUCCCUAUGUCAAGAUCCAUAUCGGUGACAAAACCUUUAAAAGCCAUGUGAUCAAGGAGAAUCUCAACCCCACCUGGAAUGAGAUGUAUGAGAUGAUUCUGAGUCCUGACAACAAUCUAGAGGUGAAGUUUGAGGUUUAUGAUAAAGAUGUUGACACUGAUGAUUUCCUCGGAAGGUUCACCCUCAAACUUGGACAUAUUAUCAGCUCCCAAUACAAUGAUGAAUGGUUUACCUUGAAAGAUAUUAAACAUGGUCGAGUCCAUUUGGUUCUGGAAUGGCUGCCUGUCGUAACACAACGGGAUAAAUUGGAACAAGUACUGCAGAUGCAAAAUGCUCUGACUUACCAGAACAAGUCCAUACCUUCAGCAGGGCUGUUGUUUCUUCUGUUAGAAAGAGCACAUGACCUGCCCUUGAAGAAAAGUGGAAAGGAACCCAAAGCUGCAGCUGAACUUGUGCUUGGAGGAGUGUCUUAUAAAACCAAGGUAUGUGAUCGUUCAACAUCUCCUCAGUGGAAUGAAACAUUUCAAAUGCUGGUUCAUGACCCUAAGAAGGAAAUACUUGUCAUUAAGCUCUCCAGUGCCUGGGACCAACCGAUGGGCUCUUUGGUUCUACCAAUCAGAGAGCUGCUUUCAAAAUCAGAGCUGCUGAUGGACCAAUGGCUCAAUCUGGAUGGAGCUCUCCCACAGAGUCAGAUUCUACUCAGGGCACAACUGAAGAUUUUGGAUUCCAAGAUGGCAGCUUUAGUAGCCAUGGGUUCAGGCCCAGUGUUGAGUAAUAAACAGACAGCCACCACUGGACAAAUCAAGAUUUCCAUCUCCUUCCAGAAAAAGCUCAUUGUGGUCAUUCAUGCAUGCAGGCAUCUGGUUACAUCAUCUAAGGACGGCUUGGACACCUACAUCUCACUUAUUCUGCAGCCAGAUAAAAGCAAGGUCACGAAACGAAAGACGAGUGUGAAGAAGAAAAACCUGAACCCAGAGUACAAUGAAAGGUUUGAGUUUGAUAUGAGUGUGGAGGAGGCGCAGAGACGAGAGCUCAGUGUGUGUGUGAAAAACGCAUCGUCGUCCUUCAUGCAUCGAGACAAAGACGUGAUUGGCCAGGUGCAAAUAGACCUUGGGCAUGUUGACUUACUCUCUGGAGUCACAGAAUGGUUUGACCUUAAAGAAGAGAACAACUGAACACUUGGCAUCCAACCCUAAACCUCUUCCUGAAGUUCAACAGGUCAACAUCGCUGCCAUGUAUUGCUGCCAAUGCUUUUUUUCCUCAAAUCAUACAAUCAUGUAUUUCUUUACAUACAUCUUUAAGAACAGAUGGUUUUUGAAUGAUCAUAUUGUUGCGAUAAUGACACGUCAAGAGUAUUUACAUUGAACAGUAUUAUAUCAAAAUUUAUAUAUAUACUGAAGUGGUAAUAUCUGUAUAAAUCAGUAUCAGAGCAUUGAAUGUUGAUCUCUGACGUAUUUACAGAGAAAAAAUAUUAUGCAGGUGUGUGGAAAGGUUUUCAUCAAUUUACAUUUGUUUAAUAUGGAAAAGUAUGUUGUAGAGUGAGUUUCACGUGUAAAAUGAAAUAAUGACUUUUUUUUUUUUUUUAUAAUAGUGAGGGAAAUUUUGUUUAAGUUGUAAGUGAGUGAUAGGGAUUCAUGGACAAGUUGACACCAAAAGGGACAACAUGGUAAAAUGAACCACUCGUUUUUGCAAAGAAUUGUGCAAAGAUGUUUUAUUUAAACUUAGAAAGUCUGUGUAUCACCAACAACAAUUGUAUAUGUUGUCACCUUGCAUAGUCAUAUUUGUGCAAAACAGCUGCUGUCUACACACAUAUCAAACUUGUGUAGCUUCUGUAGCCCAAUGUGAUGCCAAACAUAUUCACCUUUUUUAGUUGUUGAUCUGAAACUAUGAUAUUGAAGCCAGCUGGCAUGUUACAUUUUAGGCCUUAAAAUAGUAAUACUGAGUAGAAACACUUUCAAGCUAUUUGACAGCUUUUUUUUUUAAUGCAUUUUAUUUAGGGUUUAGUCUUAUUUUGUGUUGCCAAGAGUUGCUCUGUACUACACAGAUCUAAACCACACACAAAAUGCCUUUAAAAAUAUGCCUUAGUGUUUUUUGUUUGUAAUUUUUUUUCUGUUUUGUUUCUUCGAGUUCUAAGUGGAGAGAUUGUACUGUGCUGCAUUCCUUUUGUAACAUUAAUUUUGUCAUUUCACUUUGUGUGCAUGUUUUUUUUUUUACACAUUACAAAAUGCUUUUAACAGGGUUCCCACGGCCAUGGAAAACCUGGAAAUAUUAAUGAAAUAAAUGUGUUUUCCAGGCCUGAAAUGGUCACUGGAUUUAAUGAAAUAAAGUGAAUACAAAACAUUCUAUUUUGAAAAUACCUAAAAUAUUUAUUCGGCUAGAUAUUACUCUUAAAACUAGCAAAACUUAUGCCAUACUGAUUUGUGCACAAAUUGUUCUUUUUUUCAGUGCAUCAGCCAAACUGAUUCAUAACUUGGUCUGAAUGAUUCAUUAACAAUGAUUGAAUUUGAAUGAGUUUUAAAAAAUCUCAAAUUAAGUUAUCACUGGAAAGAUUAUGGAAAACUCAAGGAAAUUUUUUGGUCAAAAAGGGUGGAAACCCUGUUUAACUGGUGUGUUGAGAUUUAUACACUGUUUAAACACCAAAGAAUCAAAACCACCAUGUUCUACUGCGCUAUGCAAUAUUCAUACCGUCACAUUUCUGAAUGUACUGCCAUAUAUUCACAGCUCUUCAUAAUUAAGGUUGUAUAGCCAUAGUUACAUACAACAUAAAUCAAGAAUAAAAAGAUCUUUCUGCUGAA